GCUCAGCUCUGCACGGCAAAGCUGUCGGAUCUGGUGACGAGGUGGACCCUGCUUCUCCCGGCCGUUGGCUCGCAUCGAAGGACCAGCUCGACUAGCCGGUAUGUGUCGUCGGCGUCUACCGCGAGCAUUCCGCACCGCUCGUCGGCUCGCGUCAGUCCAUUGACGGCCCGGCGGCAUCUUCGAGGAGAAGACGUUACGGGACGUCGGAGACGUCGAGAGCCGACAUCUCGCAGGGGAGUCCUAGCGAUCAGGUAAAUCCUGCCCAGUCUUGUCAACGUCGUCGUCGAGGGAGUCGACCCUCCAUUCGACAUCCGCUCAUGACAGGAGGGCCAGCGUCGUCUUAAGGAGCUUGGCGGCGGCUCGUAGCGCUGCGCAGCGCUUCGACUAGGUCAUCCGGAGAGCACGAUUCUUCUCUCCUGGACCUCUGGUUGGCUCGCCCACCGGCUCGUCGUAGCUGCCACCGAAGGAAGGCUUUUCUUCGAUACUUCCUCCUGGUCUGGCACCUCCGAGGAACCAGAGAUGGCGAGUGCAAAGGCCAAUGCCGUGCAGACCAAGCCCGUCGAGGUGUCCAAGCAGCUGCAGGAAGGACAGAAGUUCGUCAAGUGGGAUGAGGAUUCCGGAGUGGCAACACCGGUAACUCUGCGGGUGGACAAGUUCGGCUUCUAUCUACACUGGGUGGAUCAAAACAACGAAAUGGACAUGCUCGACAUAGCCGUAAUUCGCGACGCUCGAACCGGAAAAUACGCCAAAGUACCCAAGGACCCCAAGCUGAGAUCAUGCGUCACGAUGGGAUCCCAAGAAGAAUCCCUGGAAGAGAAAACGGUGACGAUCUGCUAUGGGUCCGACUUCGUCAACAUGACGUUCAUCAACUUCUGCACGAGCAGGGCCGAGAUCGCGAGACAUUGGACGGAUCAGCUUCUUCAACUGGCGUACAACCUGACGCAACUAAACACCAGCACGAUUAUGUUCUUACAAAAGGCCCACACCAAACUCACGCUCACGGCUGACAAGUCUGGGAAAAUAGCCGUCAAGAAUAUAAUAAAGAUGUUCGCGCAAAAUAAGGAAGAUCGCAAGCGCGUUGAGAAAGCACUCGAUAUUUCAAGCCUACCGUCUGGUAAGAGUGAUAGCGUUGCCUUGCAGAAGUUCGAGUUCGAGGAUUUUUUCAACUUCUACAAAUCCUUGACCCAGCGAUCGGAGGUCGAGAAGGUGUUCGAAGAGAUCGUCGGCAAUACCAAGCGAAGGCUGAUGUCCGUGAACCAACUGGUCGAGUUUCUGAACAUGACCCAGAGGGAUCCUCGGCUCAAUGAAAUAUUGUAUCCAUACGCGAACGCAGUCAGAGCAAAGGACCUCAUUAACCAGUACGAACCUAACAAGUACAAUGUCAGCAAAGGCCAGUUGAGCUUCGACGGAUUUUUGAGGUAUCUGAUGAGCGAAGACAAUCCAAUCGUGGCCGUCUCGAAAUUCGAAUUGUCCGACGAUAUGGAUCAGCCUCUUGCCCAUUAUUUCAUCAAUUCUAGUCAUAACACGUAUUUAACAGGACACCAACUAACCGGCAAGAGCUCCGUAGAGAUUUAUCGUCAGUGUUUACUCGCCGGUUGCCGAUGCGUCGAGCUGGAUUUUUGGAACGGGAAAUUCGACGAGCCCGUUAUAGUACACGGAUAUACGUUUGUGCCUGAAAUCUGUGCUCGAGAUGUGAUAGAGGCGAUAGCUGAGAGUGCCUUCAAAACCUCGGAAUUCCCAGUGAUCCUCAGUUUCGAAAACCACUGCAACCCAAGGCAGCAAGCUAAGAUCGCUCAGUAUUGUAGAGAGUAUUUCGGUGAGAUGCUAUUAGACGCCCCCCUCGAGUCUCACAAGCUGGAGCCGGGCCAAGAGCUACCGCCGCCCUCGUUCCUGAAACGCAAGAUCAUUAUCAAGAACAAGAAGAAACACCAUCACCAUCAUAAUAAGAAACACCACAAGAAGCAGCAGGCAUCUAUUCAGGACGCUGGAGACGGUGCCCAGGUGACGGAAGACAAUGGCGUGGUCAAUCAAGGAGCCGAGGGUGAGAAUGGACCACCACCAGAUAUCAUUCCACAAAAUGAAGUCGAUGGACACGGUACCGAUAACAUCGAAGAGACGCAAAUCGGAAACGACGAGGUUUCGCAUGCUCCUAUGCUUCAACAACGACAGGGUAGCAGAGAUAGUACUCAGGAAGACGAAGAUGACGACAAUGAGUCCAGUACAGAGGAGGAUGAAUCGAACGUGGAAGACAUGAAACUACGAAUGGGUGAUAAAGUGCCGGCACCUGAUAAGGCAGCUUCCACCGCUAAAGAAACCGAAGCGGGAGCUGAAAUUUCAGCUCUCGUAAAUUACGUACAACCAGUGCACUUUAAUAGCUUCGAGUCCGCUGAAAAGAAAAAUCGUAUGUACGAAAUGUCUUCGUUCGAUGAGAAACAGGCGACGACGUUGUUGAAGGAGCGACCGCUGGAGUUCGUUAACUACAACAAGCAUCAGUUGUCAAGAGUGUAUCCUGCGGGCACGCGAUUUGAUUCGAGCAAUUUCAUGCCUCAGGUAUUUUGGAAUGCUGGCUGCCAACUCGUCGCCUUGAAUUAUCAGACCCUUGAUCUAGCGAUGCAAUUAAACGUGGGCAUCUUCGAAUACAACAAGCGCUGCGGUUACAUAUUAAAGCCGGAAUUCAUGAGGCGCAAAGAUCGCCGUCUGGAUCCGUUCGCGGAAUCCACCGUUGAUGGCAUCAUUGCCGGAACAGUUCAUAUUCACGUUAUAUCUGCUCAAUUCCUGACGGAUAAACGUGUGGGCACUUACGUCGAAGUGGAUAUGUACGGAUUGCCAGCCGACACAGUGAGGAAGAAGUUUCGGACAAAGAUCGUGCCGAACAAUGGAAUUAACCCUGUCUACGACGAGGAUCCGUUCGUCUUCAAGAAGGUCGUGCUACCAGAAUUAGCAUCUAUUCGCAUAGCUGCAUACGAGGAAUCUGGACGUUUGAUCGGUCAUCGAGUCUUGCCAGUAGUUGGUCUGUGUCCUGGAUAUAGGCACGUAGCUCUGAGAACUGAAUGCGGCCAGCCUCUGCCAUUGGCAAGUCUUUUCUUACACGUCAUCGUCAAGGACUACGUGCCCGAUGGCCUUAGCGAGCUCGCCGAGGCAUUGGCAAAUCCUAUUAAAUACCAAAGCGAAUUGGAAAGGAGGGCCGAACAAUUGGCAGUUUUGACUGACGAUUUGGACGAGCCAAGCGAAGGCGAGAACGAUGAUGAGACCGUUAAAACCAAACGAAUGCAAUCAUCCGGAGAAUUACCAGGAUUGAUACCUACUGUGGGAAGUCCUCAUGGAAGACCAUCCGUGGCUGAAAUUAAUAUCUCCGAGACCCCGGAAGGAGAAGAUGGAAUAACUGGCUCCUCGGUUCAGCUAUUAGACAGCUCUGCGAACAAGAGCCCGGUGAAUGUGAACUACAUGAACAACGACAUAGUGGCCGAGUCGUUCGAAAAACUCAUGGAAACCAAAUUAGUCAGAGAGAAGAAGAUGGAGCUGGAGAAGAAGUUGGAGUCUCUUAGAAAGAAGCAGGAGAAGGAAAAGAUCCGAGUGCAGUCCCAGAAGGGUUCCCUCGACGGGGAGAAGCACAAGACCAAGUUCUACAUGGGCAAUAAGCUGGUGAAAAGGCUAUCUAACAAAAACAUUUUUUCGCGCAGUUUCUCGAGCGAGGCCGGCCUAAGUAGUAUCGCUCUGGUGGAGACGACAGAGUGCACGGAGACGGAGAAUCGCGAGGGCGCCGAAGGAGCCCCCAAGGGUCUACCUAGGAGUCAGAGCGAGAGGUUGCUGGCGGUCUGCAAGGAGCACGUCCUGCAGGAACGCGAGCUCCUGGAGAAGUACCACGAGAGUGUCUUCACGACCGUCGAGAAGGUGAUGAAGGCGUCUCAGUCGAAUCAGCUGAAGACCCUGAGGGUCCUCCUGGAGAGAGAAACGGCAGACGUCAUGCGCAAACUACAGGCAGUCAGGCACGGAGAGGUAAAACAAUUAGCCAAAGUGCACAAGGACAAGGCGGAGCUAGACCGGAUGAAACGCGAAGUGGCCAAAUCGACCGUCGAGAAAGGCGUUAACGAAUGCACGAGACUGACUAAGAUUUACGAGAAGAAGCGAGCGGAGCUGGAGAGGCAACACGAGGAGGUCAGGCACAGGCUAGAGGAGGAAAGGACCAAGGUGAAGCUGUCACUGCAAGCGGAGUACAGCAGCCGGUACAGCAAGUUCGAGAGCGGGGAAUUCCCUCUGUCCCCGUCAGGGGGAACCAGCAUUCCCGAGUCACUGAGCGGCAACACUUACUAACAUCGCAGGAGGUCCUUCUUCCCGUGGUCGUUGUCAUUUGCGUUCGGCAGUGAUCGCAGAGCGCCCAAGCCCAUCUUCGACGAUCCGCCACCGCAUCCGAUCGAGUGAAGACUCGCUCGUUCCACGUCGAUUCUACGUCCACCCGAUUAACGUGGGCGUGCGAGAUCAGGCAGCUUUCAAGUUUGACAAGUUAUCGCGAAGAUGGAGGUAAGAGUAACCCUCCUAGGGAGGCUUCUUCGGCGAGGACACACCCUGCGACCUGUGUGCGGCAAGAUCGUCGAAGUACAGACCGAGGUAUAUCUUCAUGCGAGUCCAGAAUCGCCGGGAGUGACUUCCCCAAAGGUCCUGGACCCUCACAUGUACAUAAGACGAAGGCGGAACAAGUCACAACCUUCGUUGCGACUUGAGCAAGAGGAGUCACCACGUACAUGACCACCUAUACGGUCACUAAGACGUAAUUCAUGACCUGUAUAUACGUAUGAAAGCACGUAUUAUCAUCGACGAAGCACUUGUCGCGCUUUGGAGCGAACGCGGUCCUAAUCGCGGACUAGUUGAUGCGUCUCCGAUCCAUUGAACUAUUCUAUUCGUGGACACAAGAUGCGUAACCUUAGGUUUUACUCCCCUCGCACAGUAUUAGACGGGCGCGAUGUGGUAUCCACCCUGAAGAGGUGGAUCGGCGCCCCGCGAGUCACUGCGAGGAGGGUACGCGCACCUAUAUUCGGAGGGUCAUUCUAAAUAAGUGUAACCUUUUUCAAGAGGAUACUCGUAUUCACCUUGUUGUUAUAUACAUAAGACGUUAUUCACUCGGCAGACUAACUGAUUGAUUUCGUUAACGGGUCUGCCCUGGCGAGCUCGCCUCGCCGGCGAUGUCAAUAGUCUCCGAUCAUCCCGACCAUUUGGGGGGUGCGCGACGUAUUAGGUUGAUGCAUAAGUAAUGGCGCUUUCUUUACACGUAACGUAACGUAAGAUAAACGCCAUUACUUAUGCAUCAAACCAAUAGAAACAUCCACCCGUGGAGGAAUCUCUUUGGCCUAGGUCAAACGCAUUUUCGAAGGGACGAUGGGGGGUUCGCGGAAGCGCGUUACAAUGCGAUUUCAUAUAUUUUUGACUGAAAGUAAUCCGCAUAUUAAAGACAUUUCUUCCAGGGUCGCCUUGAGCGGGAACUCCGGGCGCCGCCAUUUGCUCGUCCUUGGUCUUCAGGGUGUCCUUGAAGACGCAGACGAGGUGACGAGGACUCCCACCGCGGUCGAACGGUCCGGAUAAGACCUUCACGAGCUAGGGGAGAAACUGUGUAAAUAUAUUUUCUAUAAGACGUAUCGGGGAAGGGGUCCCCGGUCGACCUGGUGGACACUUUCCGCGGGAUUUUUCUCCAGUCUAGGCAAUAAUGUACGCGGAAAACGCGCCGUAAGGUCGAUCGGGAUGGUAUCUCGGGGGUCCAGGAGUUCCCGAAGGCUGCCCCAGAAAAAUCGUGGAAAAUAAAAAAGAGAGAUGAAUAUCGACUGGGCCCGGGAUGGACCCGAUCGGACGACCUCUUUGAGGAAGACAAUCAAAAAUGUUACACAGAACACGUAAACGGUAACAUUUUCCUUGUUGUUUCUAAACGUACGAUAUAUACAUAUAUACAUGUACCUAAGAAGGGAAUCUUAUUACUUAUAACGAAUGUCUAUAUAGGGUAAACGUUUAUGUAUUGUAAAGUCCUCUCGUAAGCGGUUGCAUUAUUAUUUAUUAUUGUUUACAACGAUUACAGAGAGAUCGGCGGGGACCAGCCUCUUUGCUCGAAGGCGGUUUCGAUUUCUACACGAGGACUGGCCGACUCAGGACUCGAGUUGCGACUUCAGUGAGCCAUUGUUUAAACAAUUUAGUCAAAUGAUAAUGGCAUCGCGGCCAUCUGGUCGUAUCUUAAAACGUCCAGCUCGGUUUCUUUCCGUUUUUUUUUUCUUUCUCCGUGCGCGGUCCGCCCAUUAUCAUUUUUCCUCCGUUCGGUCUUUUUGUUUCUUCUUUUCUUUUUCUCUUCAAGCCUUCAGGGAAGUGCCAUCGGCCGACUCUGAUGGAGGUCGGAAAUUUCCUUCUCUUUUAUCUUCCGUUCGUCCAACGACGAGUAAUGUAUACAUAUAGCGGGACGAGUUGUGAUAUUAAUGGAUCUCAAAGCAAUCGUAGGAUCGCGAAUAAAUGUCGGGGGUGGCGGGGGGGAGAGUGCACCGCGGUUUCCGGAAAAGCGAGAUGAGAACGAAUACGAAUGAUUUAAAAACGAAAUCGCGAAACGAGGUAUCAUCGAUGGCCGGUUGCGAAAUCGUGUAGAGAUUAAUCUAGAGACUCCUGUAGAGGUACAUGUCCCCUUCGCGCAGCACAGAAUUUCUCAAUUGUGCGGUUUUGCAAUGUUUUUUUUUUUUUAAUCCGAAGAUCCUUUGGGCGAUUAUGGCCAGGGUGCACUUGUCCAGUAAAUUCUGCACGGUAAAGAAAAGUGUGUGAAUUUUUCUAAAUAAACUCUUAUUAUAAUCACUAAUUUUUGGAGAGAGAAAUGAAAUAUCGCGCAUGGAAAGUUGGUGUAUAAAAUUUUGUACAACGUUAUGCAGAGGCUUCGGAAAGGUCAAAGGACUUGGAGAUAUAAUUAUAUAUAUAUAUUUUUUUUUCUGUAGAAAUUGUCCAAUUUUGGAGAAUCAUUGCAAUACCGUAAAUUGGCACGACAUGUUUUUCAGCAAUUUUGCAAACAUUUUUGCACGUGUGCUGAAACGCUUUGAACCGUAAAUUGGUACGACACGUUCUUCAGCAAAUUUGCAACCUUUUGCAGACGUGCUGCAAAAUCUUUUGAACCUUACAUUGGCACGACAUGUUCUUCAGCAAUUUUGUAGCACUUUUGCAGAUGUGCUGCAAUGUUUUGAAGGUAUUGAAGUACUGUAGGAUUUUGUGCUGCGUGGGAAUUUACGAAUAGAUCCCCCGGGAAUGGCAUUUAGUAGAAUUCCGGUAGGUGUCAUUAACAUUGCCACAAAGGUACGAAACACGAUAGAUUGCGACUGAUUACAACCGUAUAUUCCACUGCAAUAAAAUUCGUCAUUUACAGCCGAAAGGGCAGAUCAAGAUCCAUAUUUCCACGCAUCCGAAAGCUCGAUCAAUGAUCCAGAGCUCGAGGAAUUUGAUUCGUGAUUUAGUACCCUUCUUGCACCUGGAAGAAAUAUUCUCUUAAUAAUCGGGGACGAUUAAACUGUUCUGAUUAGCGCAAGGAAAAACUUAGUUACAAGUAUACCAAUAAUGAUGAGGAGGGAGGUUCUGUUGUUAAUAGAGUAAACGAAAAUAUAAGCAGUUUCAUAUUUAGCAAAUAAUUUAGAAUGCAAUGGUGAAUGUUAAAUUUAUCUUGCAUUUCUUUUCCACGAGAAGUGGCGAGGAGAGAUUGUUCUUUAGGUGAACAGGAAUUAAAGGAGAAGUUGAACAAAUUAUUGUUUAGAUUAUUUCUCAUUUUUAAUAAUCAGUUCUUGCCAUUAUGCUGUAUACGUAAUGUGAUAACUUUAAUAUUAUACAUAUAAAAUGUGAUUAAAGAUAUUAACGCGGAGGGUGUAUUCUCGUGUACAAUAGCGGUGGUUAAAUCAGUAUUUUGCGACUACCAAAUUAAGUUAAAUUUUGGGAAACGGGGAAAAUGAAGGAUCUUCUGGAGCAAUGGUCGUUAAAUAUUGUUAGGUGACUUGUCGCAUGCACGAGAUGAGUGCCACGGUACAUUUUCAAUGAGUUAUCUUAUUAAUAUCAUCUUUUAAUCCAUGUUAAUCGAUGUUUUCAACAGGUGAUUUAUUAUAUAAAUUUGUGGCAGGUGUUUUAAAUACGCUUUUAAGGACCCAAGACCAAAGAAUUGGCCAAGCAGUCUCACUGUUGUCCUACCUUAAGUUAUAUGUGAUCGUUAAUCUUAAUUUGUAGAUAUGUCGAGGUCAGGAGAUCAAUUUUUUUCAAUUGAAAAAAAAAUACUAGGAGAAAUCUGCAGUUGUACUUCGCAGUUUCUGUUUUAAUAAUAUAUGUAUAUAUUUUUUUCCCACGUACGUAAAUUGAAAUUAUUUCAAUAGAACAUACAAGGGGAGCAUUUUAUUCCUGCGUUGUCGGACAGUUUACGUUCCUAAAAAAUGUUUACAUAUUGGUAUAAUAUUUUUUCCAAGGUGACGAAAAAAAAAAAAAAAAAUGACCCGAAGAAAACUGCCCGUACUCCCCAUCAGCGUUAUUCCAGAGUGGAGAUCGAAUUGAAAAGUUCCUUCGCGAAAACGCGCCUGCCAAGGGUUCUUUUUUUUAUCCCUUGAAAAUUUGUGCGAGAAAAUCCCGGAGGAAUUAGCGACAUUUCUUCCUUUUUUGUUUUUUUCUUUUUUUUUUCCUUUUAAAUAUCGUGUGUGUCAGCUGCCGAAUCGACCGGAAGCUUUUGGGAAUGGGAGCUUUCGCGCGGUUUGUCGGACUCGCGAUUUUACGGGGAAAGGUGAUCGAGAAGUGGAGCUUAAAGCCGAUUUAACUGUCUCUGGUGUAAGUAGGUGUUAAACUUAAGGGAGAGUUGCAUUUUUAAGUAUCCGUACUGAACACUGAAGUGGGAAAGAAGACGGCGGGCCGGGUGGAGGAACGCGAGUACUUCCAUAUGCAGUUAGUAUUAGGAUGCAUAAGUAAUGCCGUUUUUUACACCUUACGUUACGCGUUAGAAAGGCCAUUACUUAUGCAUCAACUUAAUACCUUGGCGCGAAAUUCUACCGAAUUUCCAGACUUCUUUUCGGACAUUAUGGCCCUGGACUUCCCGGAAUUUUGCAUUUAUCGUGGAAAUUAAACGUAAAUAAACGAAAUUAAACGAAAGGUGUCCGUCCACCUUGCAUCUCGUAUAAUUAAAAUCACAAUUUUUCGACUAAAUUCUAAAAUAAUUCAUUGAGUGGCUUUUCCCAUUAAAAGCAACAUUCCUAGAAGAGGGUCGGAAGCGAACGAAAUUUGUUCCUUUUUUCUUUUCUUUGUUUUUUAAGUGUGCUUUGACAUGCAAGUUUUUACAAUUGAGUGCACCAGUCGAGGUCUUAAGAUUAAUAAUUAGUUACCAUUUAUAAUAUUACAUCGUCAGAGUGCAAAAUAAUUAUUAUUUAUCUGUACUUCUUGUUUGAGAUCUUUCAAGGAAUUUUCUAAUUUUUGAUUUUUCAAUUCGCUAGGAAUUGCUUCUCUCGGGUGAUGAUUUAUUUUUGGCGGAUUUUCCUUUCGCCUUUUUUAAUGGAGAUAGGAGUUUGUAUAAUGCAAUGGGAAGUCAUUUUGUUCAGAAAAACAAUAAACAAGGAAAAGCGCAGGUUGCACGCUGGAUCACUUGGACUUUACGUGCGCGUUAAUUGAAACGCGCGUGCAUCGCUAAUUACCCUUGGUAAUGUUAAUGUUAUUGAUUAUCUAGUUAUACAUUGUGUAAUGAUAAUUUAAGAAGCACGCACAGCGUGUCGCACACACUAGUCUUUUUUUAAGUCGCACAUGUUCGUUUUUUAUGCUCUAAGCUCGGGUCGAGGUGAUGUCUUCCAUUGAAUAUUUAAUUGUUGAUUAGGACAAUUUUUAAUUGUACAAAUUUUCAUUUUGCUUAAAACAAGGUUUAAUACAUCUAACGUGUAUGUUAAACAAGUUUAAGUACUUGUUAUUUAAAGGAAUAAUUUAUGACAGCUUUUUGCCGAGGCGUAUUAAUGAGAUUAUUUAAAAUUAUUGACAAUAUUUAUUACUUCUGGGUAAAGGCGAUUUCAUAGAUUUUUUUUUUCUUUUUUGAUAAAUUGUUAUAUUAUUAAAGAUAUACUUCGACAUUUUUACUGUAAAACUGUUCCCGUUUAUUAGAAUUUUGGGAAUUUUAACGAAAUUGUAAAUAGGAUGAAUUUCGUGAAUUCUGACUGUCUUCGAAUUUUCCUAAUUAGAAUGUUUAACUUGAGCAAUUAUUUAAAAUUCUUUUAAUUAUUAAGAUGUUCAGAUAAAUAAUGGGGUAUUCCUGGAUGAUUUCCGGAGUUAAGUGGACUUUAAAUUGUGCACAUUUUACUUAUAAACAAAUUUAACUAUUACGAUCUAAUCUUCCGUCAUUUUUACGAUACUUUUCUUUUUUUCUCCUUCAUAUAUAUCUCGACAAAUCUCUGUACAGUAAACCUCGCAGCAUUUCGUGAUCCGCGAUGCACACGUGUUGUCAUUCGCCAUUUGUAAAUUUUUGCAUUUUGCAAAGAAGCCUCGAGAUGGGUUAGAAAAAUCGGAGCAAAAAAAUCGAAUCGAAGGAAGGUUAAAUCUUUCCGGAGGAAGGCAUCAAUGGUAUCUCGAAUUUGUAUAAAUUAAUAAUUAUGAUUUGUCGAAAUUCGAGAUAUCAUUUCGACUUCUUCGAGAGGUCGUCGAGUUUACCCUCCACCCUCCUCGCGUCAUUCGAAACUC